AUGUUUGCUUCUAAAGUUUCAAGAAUCGGAGUUUCGAUACUCAAACAGCUCUCCGGAGGCAAACUCACAUCCAUAACCAGAGCAGGAUAUAAUACGAGUAGUUGUUACAACCAAUACUUGCAACCUCUGUCUGAAACUAAGUUGUUGCGGGGAGUCAUAUUUCACAAGCAUCAUCUUUUUUCUACCGUUAGUGCCAGCGAUUCUUCAAAUGAAGGGAUUGAGCAGAAAGAAAAGAUAUCUGUGACAUUUGUUGAUAAGGAUGGAGAUGAGAUACAUAUUAAGGUUCCUACUGGAAUGUCUAUGCUAGAAGCUGCCCAUGAAAAUGAUAUAGAUCUUGAAGGAGCAUGUGAAGGUUCAAUUGCCUGUUCAACAUGUCAUGUGAUUGUGAUGGAUAUGGACUAUUACAACAAAUUAGAAGACCCAACUGAUGAGGAAAAUGAUAUGUUGGACUUGGCCUUUGGGCUUACGGAAAGUUCUCGCUUGGGUUGUCAAGUGAUUGCAAAACCUGAACUUGAUGGAAUUCGUUUAGCUAUUCCUGCUGCCACCCGAAACUUCGCUGUUGAUGGCUAUUGUCAUGAGCUCGUGGAGCAUGGUGCUUCUGUUGCAGAAACCCCUGCAGCAGUUGGUAAGAAGUGCAAGUAUACAAUUGCAAUGUUAUCUGAUCAUUCUGCUGCUCUUUCGGUGGUUUUUGGCAAAGAUGGCAUUCUUGAGCAGAUUUGUGCCGUAAAAGGUUAUGUCGACAUGUCUACAGUUGAUGCUGAUAUCUUCAAAGAUUAA